AUGAACAAAAACGGAACAGCUAAAAUGAAUGAUAAUCAAAUUAGAGCAGAAGGUAGAAGGUUAUUUAAACGCUUCUAUAACAUUCCUGAUGGUGCUAAUCCUAAAACUCGUAGAAGCUAUUUAAAUGAAGCAAUAGAUGCAUAUGAAGGGUUUGACAUUUCAUCAGAAAGUGAGAGAUUAGCGAGAAUGUUAAAUGUUAAUAUUGAUUUCUAUUAUUGUG